AUGGCUUCAGCACAGCUAGUACCAGACAACAUGGCAGUACUCAACGACAUCACAAUAGCACCAGCCUCUUGUAGCAGACACAGACGCAACUCUGAUGCGUUUUUAGAAAAGGCCAGUAAACACGCCUGUCUCGACGAACAAGGCAACACCGAUAUUGACAACGCAAGCAGCUGCGACGAAGACAGCAUUCUCAGCAGCAACAGUCGGAGCAGCAGUUCAGAAAGGCUUGUCACACCCAGCUCCCACCGUCGCUCCCACCACUACCCCACAUUAUCUCAGUCAAGCGAUAUCCUGAUGCACCGGACUUUUGCCAACCUCGAGUUCACACUGGAUCCACAAUACCAAUCAUCAGUACUUUGUCGUAUGAAGUCCAUGCACAAUAACAGCACCACAGCGGCAGCUGGCAGGGCAUUGCGGGAGACUAUUCGUGGGAAUACCCACGAAGAGCCAAUGUCUUCUGUCAAAGCACUUGGGCUGUUUAACACUGUGUUCCAGACCGCACACCAGUACCAAGGGUUCGAAAGCGAAUCUAUUAAGAUUUCGGAGGAAGGGGAAGACCAUGAUCCGUCGUGUAAGCUGUGUGUCUCGGAGGCCAUGGUUGUCGCGCACAUGGCGGUGGCCGAGGGGAUGGGGCACGGCAUAGGACGCGGCGGGUUGAGGAUGAAUUUGGGGGCUGGACGUAAUGCUGUUUACGUGGCGCCGUGCGAGAGACACUUCGAGUGCCCGCUGGACAGGAAGGGCAAGUACUUGAUACACACGAACAGGCCCAAGAUAAUGACGGAUUUGUCUAAGAUUGAGUUUGGUAUUUGUGUUGACGGAUGGCAGCGCGUGGCAUUUAAGACAGUCAACGACGUGGCACUGGCGCAGCGCGAGCUCUCACUCCACGAGCGCUUGAAAAAUGGCAGCAGUGGGGGACAUUUGGUGCGGAUGCUGGACGCGUUCACAGACAACUCAGGCAAGCACGUCAUGGUGUUUCCACGUAUGUGCGCGGCGCAGCUCUUUGGGCGCAGUCUGGGCGAGACAGCCAUGCUGGCGCGCCAGGUGUUUGCGGCCCUGGAGGAGCUGCACGCCCUGGGUAUUGCGCACAUGGACGUAACGCCAACGAACCUGAUGUCAGAUUCCAAGGACACCACGCACAUUGAGGUCAUCGACCUCGGCUUGGCCUGCGACCUGAUGGCUGAGGGUUCGCUGCCGAGCCGCGGCACUUGCGGGUUUGUUGCGCCCGAGGUGCUGGUGGGCGGGGCUAUGGAUUUGCGCGCUGAUGUGUAUAGCGCCGGCGUGGUGCUCGGAAUGAUGCUGCAGCGCUUGUUGCCCACUGUCGCGCUGAGAUUGCUGGGCGGUCCCCUGGUGCGCUCGGACACGACGGACUCGCUGGUUGUGCAGCUUGAUGAACUGCUCGACGCCUAUGGGUACGUGCCGCCGCCUGCAGAUUACAUUGAAUGCAAUACGCCCUGCGUACGCACCCGGCAACAGCAGCACCGGUCGCAGUCGCGUUCAGGAAGGCAGAACCGAUGCUCGCGUGGGUACUCCGACGACGAGGCUGCGGCGUUUGCAGCGGCGUUUGCUGGUCCCACAGCGUACAGCGGCUACGGAUAUGGCAGCAGCGACGAUAAUGAGGAUGACAGCGCAUCCGGCGGUGGCAGCUGCGGCUCAGCGCACCAAUUACCUGGGUUGCCGGGUAUUAGCAGUCGGUCAACCGAGCGGUACGCCGAACAUGCCCCAGACCACUGCGUGAGACGCCCCGGCCGUGUGCCUGUUUCCGUGCUGCAUGCCGCCGACCUUUUGCGUUGGACUCUACAGCCUGAGGCCCACUGUCGACCUACUGCGGCGCAGGCACUCGGCCAUCCAUUUUUGGCUGCCGUCUGUGCGCCGCGUACUUUCUUGUCUUCGUCUUCACGGUCACGCCGGAACACUGUUCUACCUGUGCAUGUUGACUCGGGGUAUCUUUCUGGGCUCACGCGCGAACAGUCGCCAUCUCGGCAGGUGCGCGGCUACAGUGUUGCAGCGGCGGCGAGGAUGCGGUCGUCCUACUUGGGAGGCUCAGUUCCGCCUGUAGCUAGCCCCAUUGUUGCUAUGUCGCCGUCGAGGUCGCCGUCGCGGUCACCGCAGCAGCUUGAACCGAUGAAUUCAUCUUUGGAGCCGAUAUGCUUGGAUCUUGAGUCUAUUGCUGCCCUGCCAUUUUUCAAGGACACGGCGCUGGGCGACGUGGCUGCAUGGGAGAGCGAAAUGUACGCGCGCUUGGCACCUGCCACGCACUGCGACUCGCGUCGCAUGAAUGUCGAUCCAACGCCUGGGGCGCGCAGCGGUGGGUACGGGCCCUAUGUGUUCGCCGAUGCCGCGCACAAUUCCGCCGGUGGAGGAUGCAGCGACGACGACGACAACGAUUAUUUGGCCAGCUUUUAUGCGCCGUCCAGUUACAGCGACCUAUCAAGUUACUACUAUUAA